AGCGAGUGGAGUCCUGUGGCGAAGGUUUACGACCCUCUCAAAGCGGGCAGUAUCGAUGGCACAGAUGAGGAGCCCCACGACAGAGCCGUGUGGAGGGGCAUGCUGGCCCGCUACAAGCCUAACAAGGGCGUGACCGGUGACCCUCACCUGACGCUGUUCGUGGCCCGCCUGAAUCCGCAGACGUCUGAGGACAAGCUCCAGGAAGUCUUCUCCAAAUUUGGAGACAUCCGCAGAGUGCGUCUGGUGCGGGACAUUGUGACGGGUUUCUCCAAGCGCUACGCUUUCAUCGAGUACAAGGAGGAGCGUUCGGUGAAGAGAGCCUGGAGAGACGCCAACAAGCUGGUCGUGGACCAGUACGAGCUCUUUGUGGACUUCGAGCAAGAACGGACACUCCAGGGAUGGAUUCCACGCCGACUCGGAGGAGGCCAAGGCGGCAAGAAGGAAUCCGGUCAGCUGAGGUUUGGAGGCAGGGAUAGACCUUUCCGGAAGCCCAUCAAUCUGACAUCCAUGAUGCCCCAGAACCGAUCAGCAGAUAGAUGGGAUGCGUCGAGCGGGAGGGAGGAAAGGCAAAGAGACCAAGAACAAGAUAGGGAACACGGACGAUGGCGGGAGAGGAAAAACGACUGGGAUAGAGGGAAUGAUCGGAAUGAUAGAGGUUACUACAAAGAGAAAAGGGACUCUAAACACCACCGGGACAGAAGCCGAGAGAAAGACUCCAACAGAAAGGACGACAGACGACACAGAGACUCUUACAGAGACCGAGAAUAAACUUUGCAUACAUUCAAGACUCUUUUCUUUAGUUUGUACUGUUUUUUUUUUCCACCCACUAAUGUGAAUUUAGUUUGAAAUAAAAGUUCAUCUGAACAU